AUGAGUUCAACAUAUGCGGCACCGACAGGUUCACCAAUACCAUCAAAUCGUCACUAUUAUAUUGUACGCAAAAUAUUCGUUAAUACCUAUGGUUAUUAUGUAAUUAAAAGUAGCAGUUUCAUAGAUUUAUAUGGUUAUUUAUAUCGAGAUCCAUUCGACGCAACUCUUCCAAUGGUGAAUUUACUUAUGCAAAAUGAUGACACUGGUGGUCGUGGGCAGUUUCUCAUACAAGGUCUUCUUUCUUCCUCUUUAUAUAAUUUAGUGGUCACUACUUACUCACCAAAUGUGACAGGACCAUUUUCUAUCUCCAUCGGCGGUCCUGGACCAGUAAUUAUCCAGUAG